UCCGCCCGCCGAUGUUUGUCGGGCCCGCCCGCUCGUGUGUCAGCGCUGCGUUCGUUCGGUUGGCGCUCGGUGUGUCGGUGCUGCUGGGCCGCGGUGUGCCAGGUUCUCUUCUCCCCGCCUCCAUCCUCCUCACGUGUCCCGGCGGCGGUGCAGGGAGGCAGGCAGGGGAUCUCCUCACAUGACCCGUGUGUUUGUCCCCGUGAUCAGCUCCGCCGGGCCUCCCGCCUCCUCCACCCCCCCGGGCCGUCUCGGGCCUCGGCCCCGCACCGCCUGACCCGGGGGACACGGGCCACCCCGAGUACCGACACAUGGACAUGCUGGAUCAGGGCCUCGACUCCUCCGCCAGUCACGAUAAGGGACAGGAAGACGACGUUGUCGAGUUACACGAAGGAGAGGAGACGAGUGCCGACGAGCAUACAGCGGUGGCCAUCGCCACUGUCCAACAAGCCGCAUUCACAGACCACAAUAUCCAAUACCAGUUCCGCACAGAGAAUAAUGGAGGACAGGUGACGUAUCGCGUUGUCCAGGUGACAGAUAGUCAGUUGGAUGGUCAGGGCGAUGCGACCGGAGCGGUCAGCGUGGUGUCCACCGCAGCCUUUGGUGGUGCGCAGCAAGCCGUAGCACAGGCAGUCAUCCAGAACCCUUUCAGUAAUGGCGGAAGUCCUUCCACGGACGCGGUCAGCGGGGAGACGCGCUUCGCCUACUUCCCAGCUUCCACAGUUGGCGACGCGACGCCGGUGUCCGUACAGACGGCCGACCCGUCCUUGGCACAAGCAGGAGGGCAAUUUUAUGUCAUGAUGACCCACCAAGACGUGCUUCCUGCAGGAACCCAGAGGACGAUCGCCCCGCGGACGCACCCCUACUCACCUAAAAUGGACGGAAACCGAACUCCGCGGGACGAGAGGCGCAGAGCGCAGCACAACGAAGUGGAGAGGAGACGGAGGGAUAAGAUUAACAACUGGAUCGUCCAGCUGUCCAAAAUCAUUCCAGACUGCAAUGCAGAGAGCAGCAAAACCUCCGCGCAGAGUAAAGGUGGCAUCCUCUCUAAAGCCUGCGACUACAUACGUGAACUGCGCCAGACCAACCAGCGCAUGCAGGAAACCUACAAAGAAGCCGAGCGGCUCACCGUGGACAACGAGGUGCUGCGUCAGCAGAUUGAGGACCAGAAGAAUGAGAACACCCUCCUCCGAGCUCAGCUGCAGCAGCACGGAAUCGAAGUCGUAGAUGAUCCUCCAAGGCAGUAACUUUUUAUCUUUUUGGAGUAGGAAUAUUGUUGUGUCGGGUGAAAGGCGGAAGAUGACCCAAGGAAAUCCUUCUCUGUAUUAUCUGCCUCCCGCCUGCCCCGCGUUCCCUGCGUGCCCGAGCCACUUGCCACAUCCUUAACAUUUACCCCUCUUCCCUUUUAUCUCCUAUGACCUCGCGGUGUCAAAUCCAUGUUUAUUUUCUUCAUGUAUAAAGUAUAUUGCGGAUUGCAAGGCACAAACGGGAGUAGAGGACAGCCGGCCCUCCGCCUCGAACACCGGGCGGUCGAUAUAAAGGCCUUCUCGCCCCAAAAUGAGGUCUCCCCCACCCCGCGAAGAAGGGCUCUGAAGCCAAGGGUUAAAGAGUUGCGUUGCUUUCUUUUUUUUUUUUGUUUUCUUCCUUUUAUAUAUAUGUAUAAAUAUAUAAAUAUGAACAUAACUUAGACUUUUAGAGAUGGCGAUGUCACUCAAAUAUUUUUUUUAAUUUUGAUUUUUUUUUUUGCUUUUAAUAUUUUUAAUCCUCGGCGGUGCGAACGAACGGAGGGUUCGUGUUUUGAAUAACCCCGUCGGCUACGCGGCGCUUCGGGUUUCUCUAUCUGUAAAGCGUCGUGCGCGGCACGCAGCGGCAUUUCUCAGCGAGGCGUUCCGGCAAAACCACCCCAAAAAAACUAUUUCUGAAUACAGACUUUGGAAGCCGAGCUGCUGCUUUUCUAUUCGUUUAUCUGGUAGACAAACAAAAACUAUAUGUAGCGAUCGCAAUACUUGAGAGGAGCCGUAAUUUCCGGGGGGACCUAGAAGAAUCGUCUGCGUUCUUUCCAGAGACCGCUGUGCUACCGGGAAAGACAGGCGUCCUCUUUUGUUCUGCUGCGGUGACCGGCCAAAAAAAAGAGAAAUCUCUCUGCCUCGACGGCUUUCGACCCUGUUACAAAGCGAUGGCGUCCGGGAGAGUCGGAGAGGAGCGACGGAUCAAACAGAACCCGAGAACCCACCGCUUCUCUAUGCAUCCGAGCAACGCCUGCGGCGCUCGUGCGAUAUACGAGGGUCCACGUUAAAUCCAAUUCUCGUGAGGUGUAUCCAAUCUAUGCACUUUAUUAUCGUUUGAAUAACUCGCCCCGCUUGGGCCCCGGGCUCAGCCGUUAUUUCCAUGACCCCGGGCCGAGUCCGCCAACCGGUUCCCGACCGCCGCGCGGGAGUACGUCUGCUCGGCGCAUCGCUCUUCUGUAAUAUCUUGUAUAUUUCAAUACAGCGUAGGCAUGUUGCAGUA